AAUAGUCUUUGUCCAACGUCUUCCACCAUUCCUAUUAGGGGCUCCCCGAGGGAGGUGCUUCUCCAUAGUAACUGUGACAAAAAAGGCAGUUCCGAGGAGAGCGAGCUGGCAGCUGCAGAAGCUCUGCACACUUGUUGAUCCGCAAAAGUAGCUUGAUGAGCGCUCCAGAAUCGCCCGCAGGGCCAGCAACCCGUCAUGGACCGUGACAGCUACACCGAAGACUCGCUGUCCAGCAUGGUUCUGGAGAACGUGAAGAACAAAUUGAUCGACGCCUUCAGGGCGAGCAGCGGAGAUCACGGAGAGGAUGCGGGCGCCUCGGCGAGGCCACUCAGCAUCAGCAGGAGUUAUCAAGCCAACGAGGAGCUGAGGAGGGCGCAGAUAGAUGGAGCCAUAACCUGGCUCAGGUCUGAGCUGUUGGAAAUGCGCUCACAGGACCUCCAGCUGGCCCAAACACUGCUCGGACUCAACUCCGAGAUCCAAAGACUAAGAAGGGAGAGUUAUGGAGCUGUGGAGGAAGUCGGGGAUUAUCAUCCCUAACGGGUGCAGUCUAAAUGCUGCAGGAACACAUGGCUUCUUUUUAUAUGAGAUGAAAUGGUGACAAAAUGUAAUAAAUUGACAAUGGUUACCGAUAUCAAUCAAUCAAAGUUUACUUAUAUAGCCUUAAAUCACAAGUGUCUCAAAGGGCUGCACAAGCCACAACGACAUCCUGACUAUAGAAAGAAAAGAAGGAGAAAAACAUGCUUAGUUUGUGGAAUGUGUGCAUGUUUGUGUGAUGUUUUGCACUUUCACCAAUAAAGUUAAU